UAACCCUCAAAUUGGCAUAUGAAUAUGCAUUUAAAUUAGAAAAAACUUUUCCUGCUCAGUGGAACACAUACCAGAUGGCUGGCGUCGAGUGGAUGAAAUCUUUUAUGAAACGUCAUCCAAAAUUAUCAUUGAGGAAAUCCGAAAACACCAGUGUAGCACGGGCUUCUUCUUUCAAUAAACACAAUGUUGAAGAAUUUUUUAAGAACUAUUCUGACGUUCAAGCUAAAUACGCGUUUGGUCCCAAUCGUAUUUGGAACGCAGAUGAGACUGGUAUAUCUACUGUAUUGGAGGCACCUAGAAUAAUUGCCGAAACUGGCAAGAGAGUUGUAGGUCAAUGUGUUUCAGGGGAAAGAGGCACACUGGUUACAUUUUGUGGUAUUAUUUCAGCUAUAGGUAGCACAAUUUCUCCAAUGUACAUAUUUCCCUGCAUUCGAAUAAAAAAUUACUUUCUAAAUGGCUCUGUAACUGGAGCUGUAGGGCAUGGAUCAAAAUCUGGAUGGAUAACGACUACAUUAUUUGUUAAAUUAUUAGAACACAUAAAAAAACCAUACGCAAAGCAGUCCAGAAAGUCCUAUACUUUUCCAAAUAUUAUCCAUAUCUCAAAGUGGUCCGAAGUAGAUUAAAGGGAAGUAAAAGACUCAAAGUCUGUCGACCACAUAAAUUUAUUCGGUUGGGUUGCAAGCGCUUUCGACCUAAAAGGUCAUCAUCAGGCAAAAAUUUUUGAAAGUGAGUAGGUAGGUAGGUACAAUCACUAUGUGUCCACAGAAAAAAUUAAAUGUUGAAUUAAAAUUUUAAAUUGUAAAAAUAAAAAUUAUACAAAUUGGCACGUACUGCCUUCCAACCUCGAAUGAGGAAGGCAGUACGUGCCAAUUUGUAUAAUUUUUAUUUUUACAAUUUAAAAUUUUAAUUCAACAUUUAAUUUUUUCUGUGGACACAUAGUGAUUGUACCUACCUACCUACUCACUUUCAAAAAUUUUUGCCUGAUGAUGACCUUUUAGGUCGAAAGCGCUUGCAACCCAACCGAAUAAAUUUAUGUGGUCGACAGACUUUGAGUCUUUUAUUUCCCUUUAAUCCUAUACUUUUGUUAAUAGAUAACCAUGAGACACAUGUGUCGGUAGAAGAAUUAAUUAUUCCCACGAUAAUGGUAUAGAGUGCUUUUAUUUUUCCCACCACACUGUACGCAUAAGAUGCAGCCGCUGGAUAAAGCAGUCUAUAGUCCCUUUAAGCAAAAAUGUAAAGUCAGUUAUAACGAUUACAUCUUAUCUAACCCAGGAACAUCAAUAACAAUUUAUAAUAUUGCUAAAUUGACGUCAGAUCCCUGCCUACAAAGCUUUAUACCCAAAAAUAUUAUAAAUGCCUUUUCAGGCACUGGACUAUGACCAGUCAAUAGACUAAUUUUUUCAGAUGAUGAUUAUUUUGGAGCAUACACGACAGGCAGGCCAUAUCCAGAACUACUAGUAAAUAAUGAUAUCAAGAAAUUGGAAGCUGAUACUACUAUUGACUCUAGUAUUAUACCUAAAUCAAACGACCAGGAGGCAAUUUACGCUGAUAUGUCCACAUCUAACCAUGAUCAGACUCAAAUAAAUGUACCGUCUAUCUCGGCGACUGCUCUUUUAUUUAACAACCCAGUAACCACUUUUACUGAAAAAGAAGAAGUAACUGCAAUUGUGCGAUCCAUAGUUGACGCAAUUGUAAAUGAGGUAGCCAAGCCAUCCAUCAAUAUUAUUUCAAUGCAUGUUCUAAAGCCAUUAGAUAUUAAACCAUUUCCGAAGGCACCACCUCGAAAAACUAAUAGGUAAUCUCGUUUUGGAAUCAAGAAUCUACACAAGCACACCAGAGAAAUGUCGCAUUGAAGAAUUAGAAGUAAUGGAGGAGAUCAAAGUGAGCCAAGUCUGACACGAAAAAAAAAGAUAUUAAUAGAUAGUUCGAUCAAACAAGAUUUCCAAAAUAAAAAACCAAUGACAAAAGAAAAUAUCCAACAAAAAAAAAAAUAAUAAAAAUACUAGGAAGACAAUGAAAAGAGGAAGGCAAAGUGACUCGUCUUCAUCAGAUUCCGAGCCUGAUUUGGUUGAAUCAACAAAAAAGAAAUAUAAAUUUCUCAAAACUGCAUCAUCUGAAUCAGAUAUUGACAUGGAGUCUAAAUACGAUGAAAUGGAUAAGCUUUUAGAUGAUGAGAAGAUAUCAUGUGAUGAUCAUAUCUUGGUGAGAUUUCCUACUAAGAGAACGGUUGUUUAUUGUGUCGGGCAAGUAAUACAGCUUGCAGAGUAUGGCGAAUUUGUUGUAAAAUAUUGGAGACAUUUGCACAAUCGUUUCCAUUUCCCUAAUGUUGAUGACAUCCCCAGUAUUGCAAGAUCCGACAUUGAGGCAAAACUACC